AUGGAAUUAGACAUUACUGAUAAUUCGUCUACGGUGCAGGGGAGGGAUACCCCAGUACCGGUCCGAGUGGAGGGUGGUGAAGCAGGCCCCCGCGGACCGUCAUCUAGCGACUGCGAUUUUCUCUCGGUGACAGCCCAGGCCGAGAAGAAAAUUAUUACUACUGAGCAAAAUGAGGACGAAGAUGCGGUCUUUAAAAGAAGAGACUCGCUGCCGAGAACGCCUACAAAAGAAACUAGCACGGAAUGGGAUCCUUUCGACAGAAGGGACUCAUUGAAAAGAACCCCCCCAAGAACACGGUCGAACUCAUUGACAGGACAAAUAGAUCCCCACGUCAAUGUCGGCCAAAGUAAAAAGGAACCUACCGGUACUGACAAAAAGAGGAGAAGAAUGGAAACCCCCGAAAAAACCAAUGAGACAUACCAGAAGGAAAUUCGAAAAAUGGAAAGAGAGUACGUCCUAUUUAAGGAGUUGUUACGUAAAAUAGUUGAGGAAGCAAAAACACUCAAAACAGCCGUAACCGAAAUUCCAAAUACCAAAAAGGAAAUCAAAACUGCGGCACGGAAACUGGAUUACCAUGCAAAAGAAAUGCAAACCUCGACGGCCUUCAUUGAUGAAAUGUUUUUCACUUUAGAAGUAAACGGACCAAUACCUGAUAUCUCAGUUAAAACGACUACUGAUAUGAGCGCACAAACGGAAGAGGCAUACAAACCAGCACAAGAAAACUCAGCGAGAAAAACUGUUGAUGCCAGCACACAAACGUAUAGUAAAGCACAAGAAGACAAAGAAAUCGCUAUACAAGAAAUAGAAGCUAAGCUAAAUAGAGAGCUUGAUAGAGAUGAGUUAAACACCUUAAUCGAAACGAAAUGGCCGGAUGAAAUCUAUAAAAGAUGUAAAGCUGCCAUUGACACGGAGACUAGCAAAGAAAAAAGAGAUAUAAUUAUCAUUCUAAAAGAAGGAGAAGAACAAGAACGCAGGUUGCUCCAGAAACCCAUCGAAAGUAACCCACAACUAGCAACCAUGCUAGAAGAGAGACAGUUGAAGACUGGAAAAAUGGUCUGCAGCAAAACCUCCAGUGUUCUGAUUACAGACGACCAUGAAAGCAAUAAUAACAUGGACCGAUACACGUAUCUCAUUAUGACUGAAUCAGGCGGGGAAACGAACGAGGACAGAGAUAACCUAACAGAAAAUAUCAAAAAAGCAAUGCGUGCCCUUAAGAAAGUUAACCGAAAUACUGUGAUAUGUACAAUGGACAAACAAGUAAAUGAGAUAAGGACAAGAAAGUUACUGGAAUAUAUCUGCAGGAAGGAAGACAUGGAUCUUUCACUUUAUAUGAGUAGAACCAGACGUAGACAAAGUACCUUCUACGGACAAGAAGAUAAACAGACCAGAAGAAACAAGGAUAUAGAAACCAUUAUAAUAAAACCAACAGAGGGAAGCACUUACGCCGAUAUAAUGAGAAACAUGAAAAAGGAUGUAAAUACAGAGGGUAUACUAAUAGACAGAGUAGAUAAAUCAGAGGAAGGAAAUAUACAUAUAAAAAUAAAAGGACAAGAGGAAAAAAACAGGCACGCAUUCAAAGAACAGCUGACCCAAAAACUAAGCAACAUGGCAAAAGUAGAGACAAAACAAAUAAAUCAAACGGUAAGGAUCCUAGACAUAAAUGAUACCAUUCAAAUGGAAGAAGCCCAAGAGCUCAUUAAAAAAGAGAUCGAAAAUAUUGGAGGGCAACAUGAUGGCAUGCAAAUCAGGAUGGCAGGCAAAUCAAAUAUAAGAGGGUUAAAGUAUGCUUUCUUAUCUGUUGGCACAGACACUGCACAAAAACUACUAUCUAGAAGAAAAAUAGGAGAAGGAUGGAAUAGAUGGACAGUAAAAGAAGUAGAAAAUGUACAAAAGUGUUAUAACUGCUACAGGGUUGGACACAUAGCAACGCGUCCCCGGGUGGCGGAUUGGGGAACGCUUCUCAUAUUCUAUAUGGGUGGUACCGAUGAAAUUAAAUAG